AUGGGCGACGGCAAGGUCAAUCUCCCCGACGAUCUCUUCUCCUCCAAGCCUUCCGAUUCCCUCAGAGAUGAAGCAUCUGGAGGACAUGGCGGGGAGAAAGGGACUGCAGCGCUACUUGAUGAUUCAAAAGAUCAAUUGUCAUCUGACAACAGCAUACCCUUAUCCCCACAGUGGCUUUAUUCCAAACCUGUUGAUGCAAGGACAACUGCCAACCCAGUGGGGGUAAACUCAACUGAUCCCAUUCUGAAAGACAGUUGGCGUUUGGAAGGGUCUCAGGACAAAAAAGACUGGAGGAGGACAGCUCCUGAUGUUGACAUCAAUCGCCGCUGGCGUGAAGAGGAGAGGGAAACAAGCUUGCUUGGGAGAAGGGAUCGUAGAAAAGAAGAUCGUCGAUUGGAGAAUACUUCAACCUCAGAGAAUAGAUCCUUGCCCUCUGAUCGCUGGCAUGAGACCCGUGGUUCUGGCCAUGACUCUCGAAGGGAAAAUAAGUGGUCAUCAAGAUGGGGUCCUGAAGAUAAGGAGAAGGAUUCUCGAAGUGAGAAAAGAAAUGAUGUUGAGAAGGAAGAUAGUCAUGCUGAAAAACAAUCUUCUGGUGUUGGCAAUCGCAUCGGGUCUGACCGUGACACUGAUUCUCGAGAUAAAUGGAGGCCACGACAUCGAUUGGAAGCUCAAGCUGCUGGUGUGGCUACAUACCGUGCUGCACCUGGAUUUGGACUGGAGAAAGGACGUACAGAAGGCUCCACUGUGCGAUUUUCACCAGGAAGAGGAAGGGCAAACAUUAAUGGAAGCCCACAAAUUGUGAGGCCCCCUAUAGGCUCUAGUGUUGGAUCUGCAUUGGUGGAUAGGAGUAAAUCCAUUUUGGGGAAGUCUAGUCUUGGUGCUGAUUCAUAUUACUACCCAAGGGGUAAGCUCCUUGACAUUUAUCGCAAGCAAAAGGUUGAUCCAAAUUUCGAUAGCUUGCCUUCUGAGAUGGAGCAUACAUUGCCCUUAACUCAACAUGGUUCUGUUGAACCAUUAGCAUUUAUUGCUCCUGCUGAUGAGGAAGAGGUUGUCCUUAAAGAAAUAUGGAAAGGAAAAAUUACUAGCAGUGAAGUCUCAGGUUAUUCCUUUAGAGGAAGGGAAGGAGGGUCAAAUGAGGAUAUUUCAGGUCCUGGUAUUGCAAGUGAGGGAAAACAACAACCUUCCAUUGGCAGUGGUGCAAAGGUUAUAUCAGGAAGUGAUGUCUCAGAUGAUUCUGAUCAAAUAUUAAUAGGUACAGGAUCAAAUGCUGGUGGUUUAUUGAGAGACAUUGUUGAGGAUUUUCAAGAAGGCAAGCCGAAACAUUUGCCAACUAUUGGUGUGCAUGGCAGAGAUGAGAGUUCUGUUAGCAGCAUUGGAGAGGGAAGCAUUCCAGGAAACAAAGUUGCUGAAUCAGCCACUUUUGUUCAUCAGGGACAAUCUGCUGGUGCUCUGGAACAUGCUAAUCGGAAUGGUGUUGACUCAACUGGUGCUUCUGAAAUCAAUAGCAGUCUACCCGGUGAUUCUCGCUCCCUAUUUGAUUUUUCCUCGUUGCAGCAAACUCCAAGCAUUAAUCAACAGGACUUCAAAAUUAAUGAGAAGACAUAUCUUCCUGAAAGUGUUAUUGCUCUUGAGGAGUUGAGUUUGUGCUAUCUGGAUCCUCAAGGGGAAAUUCAAGGACCCUUUCUUGGGAUUGACAUAAUUUUGUGGUUCGAACAAGGAUUUUUUGGAAUGGACUUGCCUGUUCGCUUGUCAGAUGCUCCUGAAGGAUCACCAUUCCAUGAACUUGGUGACAUUAUGCCUCAUUUGAAAGUCAAGUCAGGAUUAGGUUCUGGUAGUAAUAGGGUUAUUCAAUCAGAACCCUCUGAUGCCAUUGGAAGGAACCUAAAAGUAGAUGUACAUAAUUUUGAUUAUGAUGGGUCUUCUGCUAGCGAUGAUCAACCUUGGUCUUCUUCCCGACCUGAUACUACCUCAAGUGUUGGUAUUCCUUCUCAAAUACCCAAUCAAAGUUAUCACUCUGAGGUCAAGUUCUCUGACGAUCAGUGCUUCAGUAAUAUUGUUGCACACGAUGAGGAUAUCCAUUUGUCAAAAUUGGCUGGAAGCAUAAAUGAAAAACCUUUGAUGAGGCCCAUGGAUGUCAAUGCCUUGCAUUCUCAUCCUGCUGGAAAACCUGUUGCCAAUGAAGUUGCAUUGAAUGAUUCUCACAAUGAGGCCGAUAAGUUGCAUCCCUUUGGGUUAUUGAUGUCUGAACUCAGAGAUGGUUCUCAUUUAAGGCGUGCACAAUCUUCCAAUAGUUCUUUGAGAUUAGGUGAUCAGGGUCAUUUUCUGGAUCCAUCAAUGGAUAGAGAUGCUCCAUUUACUGAUCAAAGCUCUGUUAGUGGCAUGGUUAAUCAGCCUUCUUUCAGGGAGACUUGGGCUGAUGAAUAUGGGAUAAAUAGACAUUUUAACCCUAGUCCACAUGUAGGUUCAUUAGAAGAUCACUUCUUGUCACAUAUGGGACAAAAGUUUAAUAAUUUUGAUGUGACAGAUCAUCUAAUGUUGCAGAAGCUACAGAAAGAAAGGCUUCAGCAGCAGAGUAAUAUAUCUAAUCAUUUCCCUGCUCAUCUUAAUGGGUCAGAUUUAGAGAGAUUUCCAGGUUUUGCGCUUUCUCAGAACAAGAGCUCAAACCUUCAGCAGAUGAUGCAGAAUUCUGGAUCAGAGUUUGAUCGUAUUCUGGAACUUCAGAUUCAACGCCAGCUUGAGCUUCAGCAACAGCAAGAUAUGCAUCAUCAACAAUUACUUCAACAAAUGAAACAUCAACCCCAGCAACAGUCUCAAGUACAACAAUUGCUUCUUGAACAGUUUAUGCAGCAGCAGAUCCCUGAUCCCAGUUUUGGGCAGUCCAAACAUGAUAUUUCUAGGGAUAACCUGUUAGAUCAGGUACAAAUGAGGAGAUAUAUGCAUGACUUGCAGCAAAAUUCACAUUCUUUAAGGCACCUUGAUCCAUCAAUGGAACAGAUUAUCCAAGCAAAUAUGGGUCUCAAUGCUGCCCAAGGAAGGCAAGCUGAUUUGUCAGACCUCUUGUUGCAAGCAAGGCACGGUAAUAUAUUACCUUCUGAACAACAUCUUCAUUUCCAGCAAGAUCAGUUGCAGGCACAGCAGUUAUCUUUGGCUCUUAGACAGCAGUUAGGAUUAGAAGGAGAAAGGCAUUUUGGUAGGUCAUGGCCAAUUAAUGAAACUGGACAGUUGGCUAGAAAUCCUGGAACCCAUCAACUGGGUCAUUCAGCAGGAUUUAAUGUUUCAGAUAUUCACAAACAGCAGCAGAGGCUUGUGACACAAGAGGAGCAAUUAAAUUAUUUGGGGAGGAAUCUUCCUGAGCAGAACCAGAGAGGGUUCUAUGAUAAUCCUAUGAUGUUUGAGAGGUCUGCACCUAUUUCCCAAGGGAGGGAAUUACACGACCGACGCCGCUUUUUACAUCCCGGUGAUCAAAUGGGUUCUUUAUCCUCCCAUCAUCUACAACCAUCUGAUGAUCUUUUUGGUCACCACCCUGAUGCUUUCAAGAGUUCGCUCCAUGGCAACAAUGGGCAUGUGGAAAAUAGCUGGAUUGAUCCACGGGUGCAACUACAGCAACAUCUUGAAGCUGUGAGGCAGCGAAGAGAGUUAGGAGAUACUGUUUCAUCAGCAGAUCUGAACAUGUCUGCAUCUGCUGGCUCUCAUGAAGAUAGUUCAGCUAGAGGUUUUAUAGACCUACUUCAUCAAAAACUGGGUGUUCCAUCUGCACAACCAUCAACUCUUGAUAAAUGGCAUCCUCUUUCAUCUAGAAGUGACAAAUCUUGGAAUGUUCCUGAGGCUAGUUCAAUAAUGCAUCCUUUUGAGCUUCAGCCAGAUCAUCAGCAAGUCCAUAUUAAUGACCAUUUUUUAGAAAGGGCUCAAAGUACUAAUUCCAGUGCCUUAAUCCAUGAUCAUUUAUCUAGCAUGAAUAUCACUGACCAAUUCAACAAUAUAGGGAACAAUGAAAGAAUGCCUCUUCGGUCUAGAUCUGGUUCAUUACUUGAAGAACAGUCAGUGUUAUCUGGGAAAAUGGAAACUUUACAUCCCAAUUACAGAAUUCCUUUUCAGAUUGGUAAAUCAUCUAUGGAAAAAGACAUACUUGAGUUAGAAGCAAAUAAGGGUCAGAGACAUGAAUAUAUGAGCACAAUCAACAAUUUAGUUCCUGGGAUGUCAGACAUGUCAGGGCAAGUGGAAAGCAUCAUGAAUUCCAUGGAACUACCAGUAAUUGCCCAUAGUAGACAUAGCUCACUGAGCAGUGCAGGUGGUGAUGGUGGCUCAUUUGGUCGAGAGAUGGUUUUGAACAAUUCACGUGGAGAUGAGGUUUCUGGUGACAGGAUACCUCCUUCAACAAAGGGGUUUGAUAAUGCUUUUCACAAGCGCCCCCAUGUAUCUCGGGUUUUAUCUUCACCUGAUGUACAGUCAGACCAGCCAUCCGUUUCCCAUGUCAAUCAAAAUAACUUAAUAAGUCUUACAUCUAGUGAAGGGAGACGAGAACCAUCUGCAAAUUCGUCAAUGAGUAGCAUGACAGAUGGUCAGGCUGCUGGGAAAAAGGAGGUUAGGUUUAGAUCGUCUUCCUUUAGUGAAGGUGCUGUGUCAGAGACAUCAUUUAUAGACAUGCUCAAAAAGCCCGUUCUUUCUGAGGUGGUGGUGGACUCACAUGCAUCCGCUGGAGUUGGGAACGAGCCAUCUGAUGCAGCACAAGCAGCACGAGGCGGGAAAAAGAAAGGGAAGAAAGGAAAACAGAUAGAUCCUUCUCUUCUUGGUUUCAAGGUCUCCAGUAACCGGAUCAUGAUGGGUGAGAUUCAACGCCCUGAAGAUUGA